AUGAAUUCAAUUAUAUUGGUGGUACUGAGUGGAAUUGUAUUUGUGUCGAUCGCAGGAGACGAGGUUCCAAUAUGUGAACCCGGAAGCAAGGAGAAGCUUCCUCACCCGCGGGAAUGUCAGCUCUACAUAGACUGCGCCAGCACAACGGAAGUUCCCUGGUUGCCGGGAGCCAAAACGCGAGAGUGCGAGUAUCCAUUGCUGUUCGAUGAGCGGACACGGUUGUGUCAAGAUUUCAGGACCGUCCACUGUGGUAGUCGCUCGUUGAAGGUUAACGCAUGCGACUAUUAUGGAAACCAAUGCAACGGCCCCAAUUGCCGCCCCUGCGACUUUUCGUACCCUUCCUGUGAAGGUCGUCCGGACGGACGCAACGCCAUCGAGUGGAAGUUGAACUCCCCGAUGUACGCCGUUUGCGACAGUGGUCGUUUUAUCGAGGAGGGAAAAUGUCCCGCCGACACAUCCGGUGCGCCCCUGUUGUUCAAUCCCGCGUUACGUGAAUGCGACAAAAUGGAAAACGUACUUGGUUAGAUGCUGAUGACAAUAUCAACACUGGUUAGACGACGCACGAUGAACCAAGUAUAGCAUAUCAUGGCAAUGGAACUUGACGUAUUUCUUUUAUUUUAUUCAGUAUAAAUAACGAAGUGUGAUCUUCAUUGUCUCAUAUAAGAUGCGUUAAUACGACGAUAUAAAUAACAACAUUGAAAACGAACACUAUACCAAUUAUUUAUUUAUUUUAAUUAUUUUGAUUGC